AUGUUACGAGGUGAUACCGCCGAAGGGGGAGGGAUUUCAAAGAAUCAUUUGUUGUAUCAACAUGUAUGGAACAGUGUUGAGUUCUGUCAUUGUGGCGACUUCAUGUUGGAAUCGGCAGGCACACAUGUUUGUGACGCUCACAGUAAAAACAGUGUGAUUGAGUUGUCGAAGAUGCCACAUCCCGAGUAUGAGUUGAUGAGUCCUGAAGACAAAGCUGAGGCGAUGAAAGAGAAUGAAGCGAUAGAUCGGAAUGUGUCACAUGCGUAUGCCAAAUUGGAGAAGAUUGCAAAAGUGACGAUACCCGAGUUGUUGAAGAAGUUGUGUUUGAAUGUGUUACAAAUCACAAAUGGGAAGAGUACACCAGACAUCGAGAUCUUUGUGUUACAAGUCCUCAAAUGGUUGAAUCGCGUUGUUGAGAUCAAUCCGGUGCGAAGUGCAAUUCGUGCGUCACUCAAACUCGAAGUUGAUUCGCGGGGGUAUUUUCUUCUGACGAGUUGUAUGAAGAAUAGCACAACAUCAAAAGUCACAAGUGACCACCACAUGAAAGUGACAAUUCACGAAGUGCUGUUAAAUCUGUGCAUUCUUCACAAACACACAUCGUCGUAUGUUGGUCGUUUUCUGUAUGAAGUGAUGGAUGAAGCAAGUUGGUGUGUUUUUGAAAAUGAAUAUAAAUUGAUCUUUGGGAGUAUCCCGUUCUAUGGAACAAAUCUGCAGCGACAACUUGCACCACAAACAGCAAAAGUGGCGAUGUCCGAAUUUGUGCCACAUUUUCUGGAAACAACAAUCAUUCUUCUUGAAAAUAACAGACUGACUGAUGACGUCGAUGCGGUGCAACAAUGUUUGUCGUAUUUGAUGAUGUCACAAGACUCGAUAGAUUGUGUUGUUGGCGAUGAAAAGAAUUUGACCAACUUCGUCAAACUGUGUGACAUCAUGACAGUGUUCCCAACGAUACACUCAAAAACUACACACACUAUCGCUAAACAAUUUAACACAUUCUUCGUGGCUGUUAUUAACAAAAUCACUGUAACGCUUCCUCAUAAAAGUACCGACAGAGCAACAGAACUUGUCAAACUUCAUACUGAAGUGUUAAAUUGUGUUGGUCAAAUGUUAUCGACAAAGAUUAAAGCCACUCUUCCACUUCUUCGCAAAAUAGUACUUGGGAGAGAUGCGGGACAAACAGAAGCCGACACACAGCUCUUUCCUUCCCAAUUCUAUUUAUUAUCACUCUUCGGCUUCAUUUCAGACCAAUUACUCGUAAAGAAUUUAGUCACUGCUUUGACACCAAAGUCAUAUUUCGAUUUGAAUCCUGAAGUAUGUAAGAAUAUCAUAGAAAUGGUCUAUUUGAUAUACCACUUUGGGCAUCAGAAAGUGACUGGGUCAUCAUUAAUAGAGUUAAAGAAGAACAAAGAGCCACAGAAUGAAGUUCAAGACUAUUUUGGUGAGUUGUCUUGUCCUCUCAUCUAUUCUUCUUACAUCUUUGCUGCUCAAGUCGCCAUGUUGUAUAUACCAGACGGGGAAAUGGUCUUAGUCUUAUGUAAUCGGUGCAAAAUUCGGAAUGACUUGAAUGAAUAUAAAGACAACGAGGAGUUGUACACCAGUGACUCCAAAUUAGUCGAACUUGAUUUUUUGAACCUUCUUCUAUCGUUCAACCGCUUUGGAUACCAAGAUACUUCCCUUCAAACAUUCUUCGAGUACUAUCAAACGAACAUUUCUCAAGCCUCAAUAGUCUCUGCGAUAUCAUCAAACACGCAGGAGUACAUCAAAAAGAAGAUGAACACUAAAAUAAUACCUCUCGACGAAUCGGAGAAUCCGCUGAAUGUCUCUCCGUUCUCCCCACUUUCAUUUUCCGUUGUAGUGACUUCAGCCACAAAAGGGUCAAAGACUUUAAAGCGUGCGAAAAGUUCCGAGAUGAAAAAUAAGAAGGGCAUUGGGUCACGGACGUCUAUAUCGAUCUCUCACAGCGUCAUCUCCACAACUUUCUCUCAUCAAGCAAAUCGAUCGGAUGGGAUGUCGAAGUCACAAAGCGACCCCGAAGAGGAGAAUAACGAGAAGAGGAAUUAUCAGAUCGAUCCAUUGGAUGACGCACUGAUUAUGUUAUAUAGAAAGCGUCGAGAGACACAAGAAGUGAUCGUCGAUGAACAGAAGGAGUUUGCGGAACAGACUAUACGAUGGAGAAUGGAGCAAUUAAGUAUUCCUGCGGCAUCUCUUCCAUCUGAUUUUGAAAUGGAGAACUUCAGUGAUUACUUCAAGAAGAGUCUUGAGACGUUCUCUUCAAACUUCGACUUCUUCUUUCCCUUUUUGAAUGAUUCAUAUUCGGUGGCUUAUAAGACUCAAAUGAUUAAAAGAUGUAUAGUAGAUCCUAUAGCGUCUGGAGACUUCAAAUCGUUCUUCUCAUUUUUUGGAGUCUCUAAAAGUCGCACUGGCGAGGUGAAGGCGUUGAAAGAAAAACGGACGUGUCUUGUCACACAUGAGGACUUAACACGUCGUUUCUUAAAACUCAAAUUUAUCACUGCAACAAACUACUUCGUGUAUUUCAGAUUCUUGUGGAUCAAAUUGGGGCUCGAAAAUGACGAAGGAAAGCAAAUCGUUUGGAAACAGAAAGACGUGAAGAUGUUGGCGACGUGUUUGGGGUACUUCUUCGCAGAAGUCUUACUGUUCGUCCCAGAAGACUCCGUUUACCCACUCUUGGCUAUCAUUUUUAAGGCUCUCGAUAUGCUCCCGUUACUCCAUUCGAAGCGAAUUAAGUACGACUUCAAGUCGUCUAUAUACUUCGCUCGCUCCGUCAUGAAUAACAUCUACGCUACAGUCUAUUUCAUCGACGAAAAGGCAUCAAAAGCACUUGUUGAUGUGCCACGCUUCAAAAGCUCGACUACUGCACUCUUCGGCCCAAUGAUCAAGGAGGCUUUCGACUUGAAAAAGUUCGUUGUAAAGAAGUGA